AUCGACGGUCCCUCGAAUUGCUUUGGCCAUCCUUUUGACAUCCCACAUCAUCGCAAUCGAACAACUCGAGUCUAACUCUGUCAGAUCCCUGUGCUAUCAUACGCGUUCAUAGCCGUUAUAUUCCUCGUGAGAGACAAUAUGCCUCGACUCACGCCAGUCGUGUCGACGCUAGCAAGGCAGACGAUGCGAGCGGCUUUCGAAGACCUCGAACAAACCAUAACUCCAGUCGAUUUUCGGGACAUGCGCUCAGUAACGGCUAUCCAACAAGUGCGUGCUGUCGCACUCGACAUUGAGAACCAAUUGGCGGCCAGACAAGCGCUGCGCAACAUGCGUCGACUCGUACCUCUGCUCAACGGGCUGGAGCACUACGCAAAAGUGAUUGAUGUCCUCUGCAAUGGAACGCCGUUUCUGUCCUGGAUUUGGUCGCCCAUUACCCUGAUAUUGAGAGUAGCCUCUGAGUAUGUAGAGGCUUUCGAGCAGAUCAUGAAGGGAUACAGCAAGAUUGCCGAAGCGCUAAGCCGCUUCCAGAUGCUUAGUCACGCGUUCAUCAAGAACCCGGACUUUCAGCAAACAGUCGCGGUGUUCUAUGCUGAUAUCCUCCAAUUCCACAAGCAUGCGUACAGAUUCGUUCGCCGCAGCGGUUGGAGGCUCCUAUUCCUCACAUCGUGGGGCCGCUUCCAAAGACGCUUCGAUCAUAUUGCUGAGGACUUAGAUCGACAUGGAGAGCUCAUCGAUCGGGAGGCCAAUGCUCGCAACAUCGCCGAGGCGCGCCAGAUGCGCCAGGAUGUCCGCAGCUGGAGAGAUGAGAGCCUUGAGAAGUUGAGGAUCGAUGAAGAACGCCAAGCGGAUAAACAGUAUCGAACAAUCUUGUCCUGGCUAAAGGUCGAUGAGAUGGAGCAAAGUUCGAUCUUUGACUCGAUCACGGAAGAAGCAACCAAGUUCCCGGGAACAUGCGAUUGGCUAUUGAAGAGUGACAAGAUUAGCUCUUGGCUCCAAAGGAAGCCCGAUAAUCCACUUCUGUGGCUCCAAGGAAACCCUGGAACUGGAAAGAGUGUGAUAUCGACUCGGCUCGUCGCUUUCCUUCACGCUUCCAAAUCCUAUGUUAUCCACCAUUUCUGCACCUAUAAUUACGCUUCUUCGACAAAAUACGACAAUAUCUUGAGAUCGCUGCUUCUGCAAUUGCUGCGCAGAAAUGGUGAACUGGUCGCACAUGUCUACCACGAAUAUGUAAUUGGCAGGAAAUUACCCACGACCUCUUGCCUCGAACAGCUCCUCCAAAGAUUUCUUGCUGCAAUUUCUGAGGAGCCUCGGUCAACUGAAUACGUUUGGAUAGUUAUUGACGGCGUGGAUGAGUGCGAGGUGGCAAGACAGGCACGGCUGGUUACUCUUCUAAACCAAAUCGCGUCCAGGUCUAGCGGACAAGGCGCGAAGGUCUGUAAGGUGUUGCUGACAAGUCGUGCCUCGCAGACCAUGACCAAGCGUCUCCGCAAGCAGCAAAUAAUCUCCCUCAGUGACGAGAGCCACUACUUAGGGAAUGCCAUCCAAAACUAUGCCUCGCAGCGAUUACGAUCCUUGCACGAACGGUUCUGUCAACUCGCAGUAGAUUCUGACGAGCUCCAAGAGAUAGAAAAUCUGAUUGCGGAGAAGGCUCAAGGAAUGUUUCUCUAUGCCCGACUAGUACUUGACUAUCUCAGCACGAACAUAUUCUACAGUAGCUACGAGCUCAAAGAGUCGAUAAAGAAAUUGCCUCAGACGCUUGCCGACUUUUAUCACAAGAUACUGGCCCAAAUAUUGGCGCAUCUAGACUCACGCUCGGCGGAGAGAAUCCGAUGCAUUCUGGGCUGGAUCGCGUUCGCAAAGCGACCUCUUAAGAGAAUAGAACUUCUCUCCGCCCUGUCAUUCAGUACUGGCAACCCAGAUGUAGCCCACUCAGCACCGCGUUACGUUCUUGAUCUGUGCGGUCCUCUUGUCGAAGAAAGGCGCGACACAACGCUCGCAUUUAUACAUGUCUCUGUAAAGGAGUUUCUCCGUACGUCUUCCACCACCGUGGUCAUCAAGGAGCGAGAAGCGCUACUGGAACAGGGCGUGGCAAGUAUAACGUGCCUCCUUUCCGGACUUCACGUUUUUAGCGACGCAUACAAUGAGCAGGACAAGCUUCUUCGACUGGUGAAGGGCGUCCAUGCCUUCCACAUCUAUGCGACUGAGUACUGGACGGAGUACCUGCUGACGACUGCGGCGGACUGCGGCGGACUAGAAGCAUCCCCUACCCUCCUGUCAUUGGCGUAUCGUCUCACUGAUGUGCUUGAAAAAGUCCCUCUUGCUCCACCAAGCCAACCCACGACUUGUUCCACGACGGUUGACGAUCGAUUAUCCCUGCUGGGACAACAUAGCGUCCUACAGAAAUACGUCGAGAACGCGCUCUUAGCUCGGUCACAGAAGCAACUGGAGCAUGAAAUCCAAAAAUUAGCCGCGAACCCUAAAGAACCAUCACCAAACGUCUGCUUCUUAGACGGCAUCUCAGCCAUGCUCAACUCCUACGAGAAGGCCGUAGAGGCUCUUCUCAAUCAAGAUUCUAUUCCAGGAGCAUCCAUCGAAGAAGUGGAUUCGUUCAAAAGCUUCUUCCGCACCUCUGCGUACACCUGUCGCCUACGCUUGUGCCCUCGUGCCACCAUCGGAUUCAGCUGUGCACAACUUCGUUGGGAGCAUGAACUAGCACAUUCUGGAGGGCUUCGGUGUACUUUUCCGGGGUGCCAGUAUCCGCCUUUCCGAUCUCCGCAGUCUUUGAAGAAACAUACGGACCAGUGCCAUGCGGGCCGUGCCCCACGGGCUUCGAUACGAAGGGUAGCCCGAUUGGAUCCAGGAAAUCGCCUAGGAGGCUUAAGAAGUUCGGCGAGUACUGCAGGCCAGAAGCCUGAGGAGGCAACUAGAGGAAUAAGCCAGACUCCCGGUCUCACUCCUCAGGAAUGUGUGCUCUGCAAAGGCACGGGCCGUAUGGUUGGCGGCUACUUAGUAUCUCGUAGUUGCAACCACUGCGGGGGACGGGGCACCACCAUGCACUUUCGUGGGUUCUAUCGUAAAGACCCUUUGACACCACCGGAACCAGAACCGGAACCGAGCGCCGUGUUGAGCCCCUUUCCAUGGCCCGAUUUAAAGCAUGGACUACAAGAACAGAGCCAAGAUCGGACUCCUAAUUCCCAGCAACCUCUUUCCGUGAACAACGACGCUGCUCAUGUAUUGGAAAAGCCCGAUAGUGCCACCGAGUUAUACGGUCCGAACGGGAUAUUAGGGAAACGGGCUGGAACCGAAUUUGCCGAACGCCCUGGUGAAGGGUGGGCUAGCACAAUGGAUGGACCCCCGAGCUCUACGGCUCCGGGUGACGCCGCCCAACCGGAUAUAUUUGCUGUCGCAUCUCUACCAAGUAAAGCGCCAGGAGAUCAAUUCCCGGCCUGGCGCCAAUGGAUUGAGAUGUAAGCCGUACAGAGAGAGAGAGAGCAGAAAACCGAGAGAGUCACUCUAAUAUAAAGCAAACGCAGAGCGUGAGGGUAACAGGACUCAUGUGAAACGAUGCA